UCCCAACUGUUCCAAGAUUGUACUACCGGCUGUUUUGUUAGCCUGCCAAGAAUGGCUGUUGUCAAGAGAUGCGGUAUUGCGGAUAGCCUUGCACCGUGACUGCGGAAAUGGAAACAGACGUUGCUGCGAGCGAUGGAUUGAAUUCUCAGUUAUGUCAGAGUGGUCAUUCUUGUGUUAGCUAGCUAGCCACCAGAAUGCUACGGAACUAAUUUGCUAUAGCUACCUAGCCAGCUAGCUUGUGAUAAGAUCGCUGUCACACUUCGCUCUAACGUUAACCAUCAUAUGCCAAUAAUGUUUACUAUUCAGUAAGAAGCAUAAGUUAUACUCAUUUUACUAGCUAAUUAGAUUAUUGUUCGCAAUGCCUUCUGUUAAUAGCAUUCCGUUAUGGGCAAAAACAAAAUGUAAAGUUAUUAGCAUCGUGGUGACUAUUCUAGGCAAGUUAGAUAUUAGUAGACCGUAACAAAUAAGAUUUGUUAAGCCAGUUUGCUCUGCUAACUUUGUCAUGCGUAAAGUUGUAAGAGGCGCGUGAUGUUUCACUGUAAACCACAUGCACCGUUUCUGCUACCGGUCGUACAGGAUCAAUUUACUGUUCAAUUUUAUUUAAACUACAUAAAGUAACAGGGGUUGCUAGUUAACUAACGUUAGCACUUAGCAGCUAGAAGCGGAUGGCUUUAGUCGUCUUGUAGCCCACGUAUUAAAUAUUUGUUCGUAAAUACCUGUGAUUUGCAACGUUAAGGAGUCUGACCGAAGCACUCUUUGCUAGCUAACUUGCUACUUGCGACGAAUUAGCUACAUUUGCUAGAUAUUAAACAUUGCAACCUGAAGGAACUUGUGAAGUUUGAAUUCUGCCAAAUAGUAACUACCUAGCUGUAACAAGCGUGUCGAGGGACACGUAAUGUAUGCACACAGGGUGUAUUUGUAUUUACCGUAAUGCACAAAACGCAAUAGAACGACAAUUUCAAACCAAAGUCAAGAACUUGUUGGCUAAUGUUACAGAACAUUUCUGAAAAAUGACAUGCAAGUGACAUAUCCGGGGAAUUUUGCAAAGUCGCCAGGUUGGCAAAUAAUGUGAUGUGAAAGUUGGUGGAUUACGUUUGCUUAUAUGCAUUACUGCAGGCUAGCGAAAUUUUUGGUUUUUUAUGGCUGUGCUUCUUAAUGACGUGUUACAAAUGCACACGUAGAACCAAGAUUCGCCAGAAACGUUUAACUGUGACGAGAGGGCGUCGUUGAUUCCUGGCCGCCGAUAAACUUGCACGAUCAUUGUAAAAAUGUCGAAAGGUAGAAGGUACAGGGCGGCUCCUGCCAGCAACGGCGGCACGCUUUCCAGCUGUGGCCAGGUGUGGAAACCUCGGCCUCGCGUACUGUUAUGUUGCCUGUGUGUGGUCCUUUCCGUGACACUGCUGUUGGGGAUUUACUUGUCCAACGACACGAUCGGUACCAACGCGCCUGUCCAAUCUGCAGACCUUGCAAAAGAAAAGUUGUCUCACAGGCCCAGUAAGCAGUCCUCGGCCCAGGUUCGGCGGCUGGUGUCCCAGGUGGAUCGGCGGAGGCUGUGGGAGGCUCUCCUGAGGCCGAUCCUGGUUGAGCGGUUGCCUGGCACCCCGGGCAGCAAGGCUGUGCGCCAGCACAUCACCUCUCAGCUGGGCUCCCUGUCGGCCGGCUGGUCUGUGGAGGAGGACUCCUUCCCGGCGCCCACCCCCCGGGGCCGGGUCUCCUUCACCAACGUGCUGGCCGUGCUGGACCCCGGGGCCCCGCGCAGGCUGCUGCUGGCCUGCCACUACGACUCCAAGGCCCUGCCGCCGCCGCCCGACGACCCGCAGCGCGUGUUCCUGGGGGCCAGCGACUCGGCCGUGCCCUGCGCCCUGAUGCUGGAGCUGGUCACCGCCCUCGACCCGCAGCUCAGGGCCCUCAGGCAGCAGAAGUCCCCGGUGACUCUGCAGCUGGUGUUUUUUGACGGUGAGGAGGCGUUUGAGGAGUGGACAGCGAUGGACUCCCUGUACGGCUCCCGCCACCUGGCCGAGCUCAUGGCCCACACGCCCCACCCGCCCGGAUCCCCCCACAACACACUGCUGCAGGCUGUGGACCUGUUUGUUCUGCUGGACCUCAUCGGUGGGGCCGACCCGUUGUUCGUCAAUCACUUCGACAACACGGCCCGCUGGUUCGACCGCCUCAUCGCCACAGAGAAGAGACUGCACAAGCUAGGCCUGCUCUCCUCCCACCCCAGUGAGCAAAGCUACUUCAGGAAGGACUUCUACCUGGGCCCCGUUCAGGACGACCACAUGCCUUUCCUGCAGAGGGGAGUCCCGGUGCUGCACAUCAUCACCACGCCCUUCCCCUCUUUCUGGCACACGCUGGACGACACCGAGGAGAACAUGCACCCGCCCACCGUGGAGAACCUCGCCAAAAUCCUGGCAGUCUUCCUAGCCGAGUACCUGGGGCUGUGAGUGGACCCCCGCACCCCCAAUCUCUCCCGUCUGACCCAACAGAACCAUGGACCACCCAAAUUCACCCCCCACCCGCCUGUCGCCUGAGAAAGCUGGCCCCACACUCCACCCCUGGGGCCUGGAACAUUGGGGCCAAACGGUUAUUGUAUAACAGGGCACAGACAAGGAUUAUGGGAUGGAAACUGUCACUCCCAGUGUUGCCCGGUAACAGGAUAGGAUCAGCACACUGACUGAGCGACGCGUACGCCACCCCCCCCGCUCAGGACCUGGGAGGGGUCCCUUUCUGAAAACAGGGAGAACUGGAAAACCUGCUGCUGUCUGAGCCACCACCUGUUACAGCGCUUAUCUUAUGUCACUAUGGAAAUGUUCAAGGUUACUGCUGCCUGUGUGCCAUGAUGCCAGCUCCCAGCCCCCAGCUCCCGGUUCCCAGCCCCCCCAGCUCCCAGCCUCCAGCCCCCCCAGCUACCAGCCCCCCAGCUCCCAGCCAAAAGCAUUUAACCAGGACAGCCCCAGAGGUGGGAAGGAGAAACCAUAGCAAUGUUCUUUCCAUUGAUAAAAUUGAUUCAGUCUUAAAAACAAUGAACGGCAAUGCUUAUGUUUAUGGGAAUUGUGGUAACCACUUGCUACGGUAAUCCAAAACUGAACAGAAACGUUUUGUUUUGUUUUCUUAAUUUCUGCCAAUGCAAUAAUUGACUGAGCCUAGAGCUUCAGUGGUGUGUUAAGAAGCUUUCUGAGAGAAAUGUGAGGCUGUCCACAUUCAAUUGAUGAUAAUGUUACAAUGUUAUGGCUGAGAGCCGUCGGUACCUGCCUAAAACCCUCCACUGCUGGUUUGGGGUCAUUCCAAAACAUGGUGAUAUCAUAUAGAGAUAGUCUGGAGUUUUUUGUGUGUGGGGAUUUGCAGGCAUCAAGACGGCUUUGCCUGAGCUGUGUGUAGUAUGAUCAUUUGAAGAAAACUGCAGGUUGUUCCAGAAACUAUCCAUCCAUCCCGUGACCGCUUGGAAUGACCGGCAUGUUGACACAACCUGGAGCUCCAGCCCAUUCACACGCGUAGAUUUAUGAUUUACUUUGUUGUACGUCGCUCUGGAUAAGAGCGUCUGCCAAAUGCCAAUAAUGUAAUAGAUCAUGGUGUAAGGUCGCGUUAGCCUCUUAGCUUGUGUCCGUUCAUUGUACCUGGAGUUGCCUUAAUGGUGCCACGGGUGGUUCUCUGAAAUAAUGCUUAGUAAAUUAUAACAUUUUAACUUGUGGAUGGAGUAUGAAUAUAAUUUAAGUUAUUGUAUUAAAAAAAAAAACUAAAAAAAAAAAAACUGAAAAUGUUACUAGGCAACGUGUUCCAUUGGGCAGAAUAACCGAUUUUUGCGGAUAACUUUUCAAAAGAAACGUCCGACUGCGCAAUUGUCCUGGGGUUUUGUUUCUCUGACUGAUCCUCGGUACCUUCCAGCCCGGCGGUGCAUGACCUGCACUCAGACUGCCAGGCUGCCCGACACGCAGCAAUAAGAUCCGCACAGCCGUCGGGCCCUUGAGCGAGGCCCUUAACCCUGCAUUGCUCCAGGGGAGGAUUGUCUCCUGCUUAGUCUAAUCAACUGUAUGUUGCUCUGGAUAAGAGUGUCAGCCAAAUGCCGUAAUGUAAUGAAUAGAGCCGUGUGGACCUCAGGUCCGAGGGUAAAGUCCUGCUGCGGUGACCCUGCCCGAGGGCAGACCCCCCUGGAGCGAGCUCUACAGAACGCCUCUCGCUCUCCGCUCAAGCGCUUGCCCUUGGCUUCUUCGCUGGGUCUGGCAUGCUCUGCGCUGAAGGUGGGCACACCUCCAAAAGAGCCCCGUACCUCAGCUUCAAUAAACUGGGUGGAACGUGA